AUGUCUGAAGAAACAAUUUCAAUGGCAACAAUUAAAAUUGAACCCCUUGAAUAUCCUCAAGUUAAACAAGAAUUUGAUGAUUAUGAAAUAACAGAAAUAUAUCCUGAAAAUGAAGAAACACCUCCACAGCUAUUCUUAAAAUCUGAGGAAGAAAUAAAGCUUGAAACCAUUGAUGAGCAAGAUGUUUGUUCUAGUGAAGACGAUGCAAACUUAGAUCAAACAACCUAUAAUUCGAAACAACUCCUAAAAUGUAAAACAUGCAACAAAACAUUCAAAACAAAUUAUAAAUUAAAACAACAUGAAAUUAUCCAUACCGGAGAACGCCCUCAAAGAUGUGAGACCUGCGAUAAAACAUUUAAAACAAAACAGGCUUUAAACCUACACAAAUCGAUACACAUUCAAGAACGCCCUUAUAAAUGUCAAACAUGUGAUAAAACAUUCAAAACCAAAGGAUUAUUAAACCAACAUGAAAUUAUUCACAACGCAGAACGUUGUCAUAAAUGUGAAAUAUGCAACAAAGUAUUUACCAAACAAUGUUUAUUAAUCCAACAUAAAAUAAUACAUACUGGAGAACGCCCUUACGAAUGUGAUUUGUGCAACAAAACAUUCAUUAGACAAGAUGCCUUAAAAGUGCAUCAAAUGAUCCACACUGGAGAACGUCCUCAUAAGUGUACCACAUGCAAUAAAGCAUUCUCAAGAAAAGAAGCAUUACAUCAACAUCAAUUAUUACACACCGGAGAACGCCCAUUUAAAUGUGCUUUGUGCAAUAAAGCAUUCAGGAUAAAAAAAGAAUUAAAACAACAUGAGCUUAUCCAUACUGGAGAACGACCUCACAAAUGUGCGAUAUGCAAUAAAGCAUUCAAAACAAAACAAGAGUUAAAACUACAUGAAAAGAUCCAUACUGAAGAACGCCCCUAUGAGUGCAAUAUAUGCAAUAAAACAUUCAAAGUGAAACAAUCUUUAAACCAACAUACAAAGAUUCAUUCUGGAGAACGACCUUACCAAUGUGAUAUUUGCAAAAAAGCAUUUUUGAGAAAGGAUGCUUUGUUUCAACAUCAGAAAAUUCAUACAGCGAAACAAGGUUAA